CUCGGAAGACGACAGACGCUGUCGUCGUGGGUGAGCUGAGUGAGCUGAGCUGAGUGUGAUGUUCGACCCGAGCGAUUCGCGCGUCGAGACGUAUGGGCAAUACACCUUCCGUCGCACCAAGAACAACUUGGGAAAUGGCGCCUUUGCCACCGUCUUCCGCGGCCAACGCGAGGAUGGCCUGAAAAUUGCCGUCAAAGUGGUGAAGACGCGGCGGCUGAAAGGACACGCCCGCGUAUCGCUGGAACGGGAGGUGGCUGUCAUGAAGCGCCUGCAGCACGAACACAUUGUCAUGCUCUACGACACGUUUUCCACCCGCACCGAGCGCUGUCUCGCUCUGGAGCUGUGCUGGCAAACGCUGCACGACUACCUUGGCCCGACGAGCCUGAGCAAGCCCGUGCGCUUCCCGGAGCUCGUGGGCGAGAAGAACGGCCGCCUGACGCCAAUUCAGGUCCGCAAGACCGCCAUCCAGCUCCGCGACGCCCUGGAGUUUCUCCACUCCAAACGCAUCAUCCACAGGGACCUCAAGACACAGAAUGUGCUGUUGACGACGGAGGGCAUCCUGAAGAUUGCCGACUUUGGCUUUGCUCGCGAGCUGAACGACUCGCACAUGACCAACACCUUCUGCGGCUCGCCCUCAUACAUGCCCCUCAACUCACAUUGCACCUCCCCCCCCCCACACACGUACAAUACACCCUGGCAGGCGCCCGAAGUGCUGCGUCACCAGAAGUACGAUUACAAGGCGGAUCUCUUCAGCCUCGGCGUGAUUCUGUACAUGUGCAGCGAGGGCAAGAUGCCGUUUUGUGCGAGCACGAUUGACGAGCUGAAGAAACUGCACGACCGGCUGCAUGACCGCGGCGUGCCCCGCCCCAGCAUUGCCAAGGGCCUCCUCUUUGAUCUCCUUGUCGGCCUGCUGCAGGGCGACGCAACCCGCCGCCUGGACUACGUCACCGUCCUCUUCCACCCCUUCACCAACCGCGCCGCGUGCGAGGGCUGGCCCGAGGUGCUUGACGUGCGCCUGUUUGACGAAGAGGAGCGGCAGCGCGCCAGACGGCACGUGCAGCUGACGGAGGAGGCAGACCUCCAGCGCGACAGGGAAGAGGACCAAGCACGCGGCCUCGCAGGUGCCACCACACGCACCAGUACGCUGCCUGGUCAGGCUCGCCGUCACAGCAAGGGUGCCACGUCUCCCAAGCCCACCGCCACGACAGCAGCCAAAGAUGCGGCGGCAAGCGCGAAGCAAGCGCCGCCACGCGCCCAUGCUGAUGCUGCCCAUGGAGACGAAGAGGAUGAUGAACAUGAUGCAGAAGGUCGCCGCCAUGAUGAUGACGACAACGAUGCCGAUGACGAUGACGACGACUACUUUGACAGGCGGCUGCACGAUUCGCCGUGGCAGCAGAACAAGUAUGACUUCCCCGUGGCCUCUGCAGACUCGCUGGUGAUUGUGGACCAGCGGGACGUGACGCAGGCCAUCCUGGACGACGGCGCGCAGCAGCUGGAGCGCCGCGUCGCUCGCGUCCGCCACGGUGCUGCAGAUGCCGGUCGUGGCAGCGGCGGUGCUGUGGGCAUCCUGCUGGGCGGCAUGAAGAGGAUUGUCUCCAGGCUGUGGACACCGCAGCCAGACGACGAGCCGCAGCAGACCUCGGCCAAGCACGUCACGUCGUCCUCCCCGCUGAGCAAGGCCGCCAACGCCAUCACCGCGGCGAUUGGUACGCCGGCGCCGGGCACACCUGACAACAGGGUCAACGUCGACAUGCGCUCGCCCGCAAUGAUUGCGCUUGAGGCGUGGCAGCGCGGAGACUACAGCCUGCUGGAGCCGAAGCAGCGCAAGGCUGCAGAGACGCUGACGAUGGAGACAGUGCACGGCUUCAUGCGGGCCUUUGACGACACGGUGCACCCGCUGCGCGUGGCCAUUGAGAUUGCCGACAACCUGUGCUGUGACGAGUUCAAGAAGGGCGUGCUGGCCGUGACCACGCUGUCGGACCCUGCGCUGUCCAAGGCUGCGGUCCGCAACCUGCCACCACGCAACUUGCCCAAGGGAAGCGACGGCCGCCCCGCGGUGCCCACCCUCACCGACGAGCAGCGGCACCAGCGGCACCAGCGCGACCAGCAGCUGCAGCAGCGCGUGGAGCAGGAGCAGAUGCGAUGGCAACAGCAGCAUCAACAUCAGCAGCAGCCGCAGCAGGGAGAUGGCGGAAGCUCGGUGCAGGCAGCGGGCGAGCGUGCGGUUUGGCAGUGGCUAGUGCUGCUGCCGCCAUCGCAGGACCUGCGCGAGGAGGCGCGUGCAGCAUGGGUGGAGGCAGAGGCGGAGGCGGCGGCAUCGGUGCUGUCACGGCCGUCAUCACCGCGCUUCAACGCCAACGCCAACGCAGGAAGCACGGCUGCAACCACUGCGCUGUCCUCGAAGACAACACCCGCAGCACGAGGCACGCCAGGAGCAUCUGCAACCAGUUUCAACAACACCAACAGCAGCAGCAGUCACCACACCAACAGCGGCAGCGGCCAGAACACGGCGAGCGGCAGAGCCAUUCCAAGCAAUGUGGGCGGUGGCGGUGGCAGGAACCGCGGCCGCAGCGGCAGCGGCAGCCGGCUCAGCGCAGCCAAGCGCGAGGCCCUGGACAGGAUGUUUGGCAAGGAGGGCAGCGUGGAUCUGAGCGUGAGCGUGGAGGACAUUGACGUGUUCCAGCCGCCGGCGUCGCACGUGGUGGCCAUGCACGUGUACCAGGCCGUGUACCUGCAGAGCAUGGAGGCGCUGACCCGGCUGCGCACGCUGACGGAGACGUUUGAGACGUGCAUGCACCACCCGUAUGUCGCCCCCGUCCUCCAGCACGCGUCGGUCACCAUGCUUGCGAGCGGCCAGCGCUACAAACAGCUGCUGCUCCUUGCCAAGCAGCGGCACUACCGAGCGUGGCGCAAUUCCUACGGGUGGCAGUGGCUGGUGUACGACGUGGCGCGGCAGCGGCUGAUUGACGCCGCCAACGCCCAGACCGCCGAGGAGGCCCGCCAGCUCGUGCGCGAUGCCGCGGGCCUGCUGCACCUCAUCCAUUCAGAAAUGGACACCACCCAGGAGACCUCUGUGCUGAAUGGUGUGAUUGAGCGCGUGGGAAUGCACCUUCAGCGCGUGUCUGCCGCGGCCCAGCUGGAGGAGGAGGAAGCGGCGCAGCAGCAGCACCACGAGGAGGUUAUGGCCAAGUCCCAGGACACGCUCGAGGCCGAGAUGCGUGAGGCCACGCGCGAGUUUGACGGCGACCCGCUCCCUCCGCCGCAGCAGCAGCUGCCGGCAUCGCACCGCACACGCGACCCCACAUCACAGGCACAAUCACAGGCGCCCAUGCACGCCACCAUGUCAUCGGCCGGCUCGCUGACGGAGGGCGGUGUCCCCACAGCGCAGCAGCAGCAGCAGCGGCAGCAGCAGCCGCCAGGGUCGCCCUGGCUGCCCCCAAUGCAAGUGAUUCAGCCACAACAACAACAACAGCAGCAGCAGCAGCAGCAGCAUGGCCAUUAUACGCAACAUCAGUCGCCCUCCCCGCACGCGCACGUGAUGAUGACGUCACCGUCCCACUCCCCGCACUCGCAGGGGUCACACCCCCACUCGCAUUCCCCACACACGGUCGGGAUGAUGCACGGGUACUCGUCCCAGUCGCCCGUGCCUGCCGCGCACAUGAUGUCUGUGUCGCCCCCGUCCAUGCCGCACGUGUACGCGUCCUCGGGCUCCAGCAACCCGCCCUCGCUCGGCGCCUCCCCGCACAUGCACGCGCAGUAUCCCGUGCCGCCGCCCCACAUGUCCCCGCCCUCGCUGCGGGCGUCGUUCUCAACCAGCGCAGCGAGCACAGCAAGCAUGCCUAGCCACCAGUACCCACAACAACAACAGCCGUACCCACCGCACCACCAGCAACACAAGUACCCGCAGCAGCUGCAACCACAGCCACAGCCCAUGUAUCCGCAGCAGAUUACGCUGCACACGCCGCUGCCCGCGGUUGUCACCAGCAACGCAUCGCUCACCGCGUCUGCAAUGUCUGCUCACCAGCAAACACAGGCGCUGGUGGCCUACCACAACCACCAUCAGCAGCAUCAGCAACAGCUGCAGCAUCAGCAACAACACUAUGCCAUGCCGCCGGCACAGCCACCGCACCCGUCGUAUGCGUACGCUGCUCACGGCGCAUCGGUGUCGUCGCUCGGCUCCACAGGCAGCGGUGGCACUGGCACUGGUGUUGUCAUUCCACAGCCACCCUCCCCUGUCAUGCAGCCCGCAUCGCCCCACCACCACCAGCAACAGCAGCAGCAGCAGUACCAGCAAUCGUACCAGCCAUUUCAAUACCAGCAGCCGACGAACAUGUCUGCGCACGCGUCGCAUGACGCGUCGCAUGACAUGUCUCGCCACUCGAGCAUGGAUCACCAAUACCAGCACCCGACCCAGCACCACCAGCAGCAGCACCACCAUCAGCAGCAGCAGCAGCAGCAGCAGCAGCAGCAGCAGCAGCAGCAGCAGCAAGCAAUGCCGGUACCGGGCUCUUCGCACGCAUCCCAGCACGCAUCCCAGCACGCAUCGCCACACCAGUCGCCGCAGCAGCACCCACAGCACCAGAUGGAGGGCUCGCCCAACACGUCUGGCCUGCGGAACGCACCGCCGUCCCCACCGCGCUCCCGUGUGCACCGUCACAACAGCGGCAACGGCAGCAGCGAAGCGUCGCAUCCGCGUGACGAUUUGUACAGUGAUGGAGACGACGCUGAUGGUGGAGAUGAGGACGGCUUGCAGGACGGCGCCUCGCACGCCCAGCAGGGCACGCAGGGUACGCAGGGCGAAGAAGUGAAAGAGGAGGAGGAGGAGGAAGAUGUGAUUGCGAUGAAGCGGCGGCAGCUUGUGCAGUCUGGUGCACCAGCCGUUGAGGCGUACAUGAACCCGGACGGCACCCUCCGCCUCCCAGAGUCGAGCGCACCCACGCCUGCGGUCCGCGUGCAGAGCGCCGGCACCAGCUCCCCACCGCCCCACGUGCACCACCACCAUGUACAGCCGCAGCAGCAAGGAGAUGGCAAUGCAGUGGUGCACAGCCCGCGGCAGCUGUUGCGGGAGCCGGUGACGCCGCUGCAGCUGCCCACCUCCGGCAUCACCUCCCCGCAGCCCUCGGAUGAGGACUGA